GCAUAUUGAAUUCUGCAGAAAAGGAAGUCAUCAUUCCCUUAGGUAAUAUACGGAUGAGGUAAUGCUUAGUAUGUUACUCAUCAGUGCUCUUCUAGCUGGGAUCCUCAUUGUCCUGUAGGAAAAUGUUGGUAAGAUCAAGUAAAGGAUAUUUGUGUACUUUUCAGUGAAAAUCUGUAUUUCAGUAUGGAGAGGUUAUAAAUCCAUUAUAUAUACCACUGACCUGUAUCAAAAUAGUGAGAAACAAAAAAACCAGCAACAUUUGGAGAAAAAUGGUUAGAGCUGCUUGUUCUUCAAAAAUAUAAUCAACAGAUAAGGGAUUUAAUUUAACAGAUUUUUGAGAGGACUUGUGAUUUAAUUGCUAUAGGGUUUAUUCUGCUGAGGAAGAGCCCUCUACUAAUACAGUGAUAGAAGCAGCAUGGCAAAUACUGAAAUUACAGUAGAUUCAAAACCUACCAAAAGUUCAGUACUAAAGAUCCUCCAUGGUAGCAAGUCAGCAGAAUCUGGAUUGUCAUCAGACAGCUAUAAAAUGGAUUAUCCAGAAAUGGGGCUAUGUGUAAUAAUCAAUAAUAAAAAUUUUCACCCAAAUACUGGCAUGUCAUUUCGUUCUGGUACAGAUGUAGAUGCAGCACACCUCAGGGAUACAUUCAAGAACUUGAAAUAUGAAGUCAGGAAUAAAAAUGAUCUGACAUGUAAAGAAAUAAUUGAAUUAAUGUACAAUGUUUCUAAAGAAGAUCACAGCCAAAGGAGCAGUUUUGUUUGCGUGAUUCUAAGUCAUGGUGAAGAAGGAAUCAUCUUUGGGACGGAUGGAUCUGUUGAGCUGAAAAGAUUAACAUGUUUCUUUAAAGGGGAUAAGUGUAGAAGUCUGACAGGAAAGCCAAAGCUUUUUAUUAUUCAGGCAUGUAGAGGCACAGAGUUGGAUUGUGGUGUUGAAACAGACAGUGGCACUGAUGAUGAUGUAACAUGCCAGAAAAUACCUAUUGAGGCAGACUUCUUAUAUGCAUAUUCUACAGCCCCAGGCUACUAUUCUUGGAGAAAUUCAAAGGAUGGUUCGUGGUUUAUCCAGUCACUUUGCGCAAUGCUGAAACAGUAUGCUCACAAGCUUGAGAUAAUGCAAAUCCUUACCAGAGUCAAUCGGAAGGUUGCUACAGAGUUUGAAUCUUAUUCCUUAGAUGUUAACUUCCAUGCAAAGAAGCAGGUGCCAUGUAUCAUGUCCAUGCUUACUAAGGAACUGUAUUUUUUCCCCUAAGAAAAUCCAUGCAUUUUAAUUUGUAUACCAAGCCAGUGAAUGACAGGUCUGAGGACUGCAUUUCUUCGGUAAUUUAAAUUGCAUAUACCUUGAGCCUAAUUCAGUAUGGCAGUGGAUGGGGUUUGGGGCUUUGGGAGAGAAUCACUAUUUCUCCAUUUAAUAGAACCAUUAUUACAUUGCUUCCUCAAAUUCAGGUAGUUUAAAUGGAAGCUAAUUAGGAGUUACUAUAUUGACUUUGAAAAGAAAAACAAAUGAAUAUUGGCAUUUGUUAUAAGAAGAAACUAUUGUAUCUUCAAAACUUUAAGAGUAUUUAGAGAUUUAGGGAGUGAUGUACAAUUGUGGAUUUUGAAGGGAUUAUGGGAAAAUAAACACAUUUUUACUUAACUAUGAAAGGUAGCAUGGCAUAAAGGGUAAAAGAAUAGCCUUGGAGUCAGGAAGACCCAGUGCGCAGAGCUGUCUGAGAUAAUAUCACCCUAGGCAAGUAACUGUGCCACUCAGUGCCCCAGAGAAUGAAGAUUUUAAAUUUUAUACUAGCUUUAGAUCAGCGUAAGUGGAGUUUCCAUUCUGGGAGUUCCUUCCAACAGGUGACCUCGUUCUUUUAAACUGAUUUUAUAACUAUGCAUUCAAUUUUUGUCAAACGACAAAUAAAACAUGAUGAUGUUUUCUGCACCUCUGCCACAAUCAUGGUAUUGCUAGAGACUAGAGUGGCAGGCUUUUACUUGGCAAAAUUCAUAUUUGGAAAUAAGCAAAGGAGAUAGAUGAAUUUUUUUAACAUACACAUUAAAAUUCCAUUCUUAAUUUCUGAACACACAAGGGACAUGGGGCUAGAAUUUUUAUAUCUAUCAAAGAAAAGUCAUUUGAAUGUUAAAUUUAGAGACCAGAAUUCUAUUUGGGUAAAAACAUGGGUGAGCUCAGGUGCUAUCUGUGAGCUGUACUAAAUCAUGAAGGGCAAACAGGAUUCGUUCCCAAGCCACGGUACUGAAAUGCCACUUGUUCACCAGCAUGCAAAGAAUGGUUCUCUCUGGUCACAGCUUCUUCAAGUCAUCAGUCUCUAUAUGCAAAGAACAAAACCAAAUGGACACAAGGUCCAAGUGUGCCAAAGAUGGCUGAGGACCUAUCCAAAUAUCAGCAUUUGUUGAAAAAUAUCCGCAUGUUAGAUUAUUUUCAGAGACAUUUAUAAUCAAAAGAAAAUAGCAAAAUUGCAUUCCUUUCUAGAACCUCUGGUUAAUUUACUGAACAUAGACUCUAACAUAGAUCUAGAGCCGAAAGGGACCUUAAAGGGGAAGCCACCUGGACCAAUUACCCUGUUUUACAGAGGAGGACAUCGAGGCUCGAUGAGAUUGAAUGAUUUGUCCAAGGUCACACAGGUAAAGAGCCUAUGAAUGAGGCCCUCUGCCCCCGGAACCUCAAGCUCUAUCCACGUGGUGCUUAGUCCGUCCUCUCCCUUUUACAAAUGAGAAAACUGAGGCCAAAAGGAGUGAAAUGAGCCUGAAGACAGAUGGUUAAGGGCUGAACUGGAGCUAGAAUCCAGGUCUCUUGAUUGCUACUUAAGUCAUCACCAAUCUUUCAGUCUGGGGGAAAAGCCUAAACUUACAAGUGGUGAUAUUCCCCUUUUACUAGCACACAAAUGCCAUUUCUUAUUUAUGUAAUUUAAAUGCAGCAUGUCAUUGUAAUGGUACUUGGUAAUGUUUGUGUGACCACUUCUACAAUAAAAAUUUGUUACUUUGAAUGUUUUUACUUCUAAAAAUAAAUUUCUGUGAAAUUUA